GGUAUAUUUUGUAAUUUUUAUUGGCCCUGUUUUUUAAAAAACGCGCCUUAAGUUAAAUUGUAUGAGCAGCGGGGGAAAUUGGAGGUUGGGUUGAAGGGGAUGAGAAGUGGGAUAAUAUUUGUACGAUAUUCUGAUCAAUUCUGAUUUUUCGAUCGACAGCUAUUACCAAAUAAAUUUACCAUAUGUUUAUUGCUAUUACUCUGUGUUUGGCGUUUAUUUGAAUCGAGCAAGUCGGGUGAUUUCCAAAAAAAUGAAAAAAUUGAUGAAAGAGAAUUUCUUGUGUUGAUCAAACAUUACUUUAUAAAAGGCAUAUCGCCAAAGAUAUUAUUAUCUUUGGUAUCGCCUCAGGAGACUUAACUGCAAACAUUACGGUGAAUCUUCACCUUCGAAUCGUCAAAUAGAACGGUUUAUAACAGGUUUCAAAUAUGAGCAAAAAUGUUGAGGCGCCGCCAGUACUCCAAAAAUGAUGGAUAAAGUCUACGAUAUGACAAGAAAUGACAGAAUACAUUGCUAGUGUUGUGGUCAUCUCAAAGAAACAGUUAAAUCCUGAUUCUGAAAUCAUUGUUUACGCCUAGAUGUGUUGAUCUAAAGGUGGAAUUUAAAAUAAAGAAUUAAGUGAAUUUACAAAAAUGAAGAGUGAAAAUAAUAUUCUAAGUGGUCCUCCUGUCCAAAAAAAAUGGGCUUACAAAUCUGUAGCGGAAUAUUUUUUGGAAAAAAUAGAAAAAAAUGGAUCCACACCUGCAUUGAUAAGCAUAGAAACAGGCGAACAAUUGACCCACAGUCAGAUUCUGGCGAAAAGCCAAAAGCUAUCUAUAAGCCUAAAGAAAUUGGGAUUAAAAUUAAAUGACCGAAUUGGAAUUUGCAGCGAGAAUAAUUUAAAUUUCGCAAUUGCAGUUUUCUCCAGCAUUUUCUUGGGAACUACAAUAUGUCCUUUCAAUCCAAUCUACACCGAAAGUGAAUUAAUUCACACAAUGACAAUUUCAAGGCCAAAAUAUAUUUUCGUGUCAAUGUAUUGUUUGCCAAAGUUGCAAAAAAUAUUGAGGAAUUUGCCCUGGUCUCCAAAAUUAAUUCUUCUCUAUGCAGAGGCUUCAAAUCCCGAAAUUCCUAAUAUCCCAGAUUUAAUUUCAAGAAUUUCAGACUCGGAAUUGAGAAAUUUCAAGUUGCCCGAAAUUGACCCGGAAAAUCAUGUUUUAUUAAUUGCCUGUUCAUCGGGAACCACCGGACUUCCAAAAGGAGUGAUGCUGACUGACAAAAAUGUUUUUGCCCAACUACGCCAUUAUAAUGAAACGGAAGAUUUUAUGAAUCGAAAUACCAGUACUUUGGGCAUGCUGCCUUUGUUCCAUGCCUAUGGAAUUUUCAUUUUGUUCUUCGUUAUGUCAUUUGGAGCGAAGUUGAUCGUUUUUUCGAAAUUUGAUGAACGAAUUUUUUUGCAAGCUGUGGAAAAAUAUAGAGUCGAUUCUUUAAAUUUGGUGCCACCGCUGAUGGUCUUCUUGGCUAAGAGUCCGAUGGUUGAUAAUUACGAUUUGUCCUGUGUGAAAAGAAUGGCAUGCGGUGCAGCUCCAUUGUCGAAAGAAAUUGAAGAGGCUGUUAAAAAAAGAUUUAAUAUUCCUUUCAUCAGGAACGGAUAUGGAAUGACUGAAACUACUUUAAGUGUUAUCACUACCCCAGAAAUUCAGAAAGUUAGUAGUGUUGGAACUUUACUGCGAGGUGUAAAAGCUAAGGUUGUGCCAUUAGAGGGAAAUUCGGGAGGAAAUUUGGGACCAAAUUGUGAGGGCGAAUUGUGUUUUAAAGGAGACAUUGUAAUGAAAGGAUACUGCGAAAAUGAAGAAGCAACCAAAGCUAUGAUAGACGAAGAUGGAUUUUUGCAUACUGGAGAUGUUGGAUAUUAUGAUGAAGAUGGAUAUGGCAAAGAGUACGUCUCCACUUCUAAGAAACUUGUUUCUGAAAGACAUUUUGUACCAGUUCAAAACUGCUGUAAGCAGAAAUGUUUUUUGAAGAUUUCAACUUUUGCACAGAGUAAAUUUCAUGACCAAUUCUGGAAUCUGGGAGACUACAACAAGCAAAAUUUUUUUCUCAGUGCGUUAAUGAAAUGCAAGAACCCUUUGCGAGUAAAUGCUACCGAAGUUCCGUGUCUAAUCUUGUGGACAUAUUAUUUCUCAACUGAUCAAAAAAAUGUUGCUGCCUGCAAACAGUUUUUGUCUAAAAUUUUGAAUAUGGGGAAAGGAAGGUUAGAAUGCGUUCAGAAAAAGAUUUUAGCUAGAGAAAGUUUAGAUAAUAAGAGAGAUAAGCAUGAACAUCAAUGCGUCAAAUUGACUGAUGAUGUGAAGGAAUUGAUAAAAGUUCAUUGUCUGUCCAUGCCACAUCACCAAUCACACUAUAGUAGAGAGUCGACAUCUCUAAACUACAUAAUCAAUCCGGAAAUAAAUUUGCACAAAAUGUAUGAGGAAUUUUUAGAAUUUUAUGUUACUACGACAGGAAGUGAACUAGCUUUUCACGAAAAUACCUACAGCAAUUUCUUCAACCAUUAUAUUAACUUUUCAUUUAAAUUACCGAGAACAGAUGUUUGCAAUGCAUUUUAUUUAAGUUCCUUACAAGCUAUACAAUCUGCUGGAAUUGCAAAUCACAAAAAGAAUGUUCAGGAAUAUCAGGCUUUAAAAAAAGAACUGCUUUCAGAAGAAAAUGUACUUUGCCGUGAAUUCGAUUACGCGCAAAAUCUUCCAUUGCCAAAAAUUCCCGUUUCAGAACAGUUUUAUAAAAUAUUACUCUGGUUAUAUUUAUUUAACGUACACGUAUUUACCUCAAAAAACAGUUACAUGUUUCCUUUCUUAGAAGGUAGUGCGAAAAAGGGAGCGAAUACUGUGUGCAGUUUUAUACAACACGUAAUUGAAAAAGAAUUUGAUGAUAGACGUUUCACGAAAAUUGUACUUUUUUCUGAUGCAUCAGGUGAACAAAAUCGAAAUUACACAGUGUUUGCUUUCUUCUUAACACUAUGCAUAGAUCUUAAUAUUGAAAUCUGGCAUAUUUUUCCUGUUCGCUGUCACUCCUAUUAUCAGUGUGAUCGAAAUUUUGGUUUAUACUCGCAAAAAAAGAAAAAGCUAGAGCAAAUUGAAACAGCGGCAAAGUACAUUGAACUGAUCAGAGAUUCUCGCGAUCCUCCGUUUAUUAUGGUUGAAUCAGCAAACAAUAUUUUGCACGAUUUUGAAAAAUCUUUUAAAGGAAACGUAAAAAUUCCGAAAGCUAUGAAAAUCAGUCAGACUUGUGCAGAUAAUGGAGUCGAGUCUGAAGGGGCCUCAGAUGGUGUACGAGAUACAAGUAUGGAAACAGGCGAACAAUACACCUUCAGCCAAGUUCUCGAAAAAAGUAUAAAACUGACAAUAAGUCUUGAAAAACUCGGUUUAAAACUAAACGACCGAGUUGCAAUCUGCAGCGAGAAUAGUUUUAAUUACGGAAUUGCAAUCCUAUCCAGUAUUUUUCUGGGCACGGCAUUCUGCCCUUUAAAUCCGGCCUACACAGAAAGGGAAUUAAUUUACGGAAUGUCAAUCACGAGGCCAAAAUACGUCUUUGCAUCAAUUUUAUGUUUGCCAAUAAUGCAAAAAGUAUUGAAGGAUAUACCCUGGUCUAUAAAUUUAAUUCUGCUUUAUCCUGAUGCUUCAUGUUCAGAAGUUCUUAAUCUUCCAGAUCUAAUUUCAAGGAUUUCAGAUUUAGAAAUGAAAAAUUUCAAACUCCCUGAAAUCGAUAUCAACGAUCAUGUUUUGAUAAUUGCUUAUUCAUCAGGAACUACAGGACUUCCAAAAGGAGUAAUGCUGACUGAUAAAAAUGUUUUGUCGACAAUUCAAAAUCAGGAUCAAGACCCAGCUCGUGUGGUACAAUUUGAUUCGACCGUUUUGGGAAUGCUGCCAAUGUAUCAUGUCUAUGGCCUUUUUGUUUUUUUCUCGGCCAUGGCAUUUAAUGCAAACCUGAUUAUCCUUUCGAAAUUCAAUGAAAGACUUUUCCUGAAGGCGGUGGAAAAAUAUAGGAUUGAGAGUUUGACUCUAGUGCCACCCCUGAUGGUUUUUUUGGCCAAAAGUCCAAUUGUGGGUGAAUACGACUUGUCUUGUGUGAAAAGAAUAAUAUGCGGUGCCGCUCCAUUGUCUCAAGAAAUAGCGGAGACUGUUAUGAAGCGUCUCAAGCUUCCUUUCAUAUGUAGUGGUUAUGGAAUGUCUGAGCUUACUAUAACUGUAAUAAAUACUGCACAGAAUCAUAAAAUAAAUAGCAUUGGAGUUCUUCAACCAGAUGUUAUAGCUAAGGUUAUUCCACUUGAUGGUGAAUCAAAAGAGCCCUUAGGGCCAAAUUGUGAGGGCGAAUUGUGUUUUAAAGGAGACCUUGUAAUGAAAGGAUACUGCGAAAAUGAAGAAGCUACAAAAUCCACGAUAGACGAAGAUGGAUUUUUGCAUACUGGAGAUGUUGGAUAUUAUGAUGAAGAUGAAUAUUUUUUCAUCGUCGACAGAGUGAAAGAGCUUAUAAAAUACAAGGGUUUUCAAGUUCCACCCGCGGAACUGGAAGCAAUUUUAUUAACCCAUCCAAAAAUCAGAGAUGCUGCAGUUCUUGGAUUACCAGACGAAACUGCUGGAGAAUUGCCUCUCGCUUUUGUAGUAAAACAACCUGGAGUGGAAAUAACAGCUGAAGAAAUUAUUAAAUACGUUAAUGACCAAGUUUCAGCCCAAAAGCGACUUAGAGGCGGAGUUCGGUUCAUAGAAGCGAUUCCAAAAACUCCUUCAGGCAAAAUUCUUCGAAGAGAUCUGCGGCAAAUUCUGUAG